GUGCUGUGCAUUUAUCAGCGGUCGCACAUCGAAUCGGAUAUCAAUUUACCUGUUCUCUUAAUGCGUAGGACCACAUAUAUUUUACAAGAAAAUCCGAGGAAUCUGGGUCGGGGGGUAUCGGUGUGGCCAUGAAGAGGUACAGGUGAAAGGUGCACACUGGGGCGUAGGAGCUCGAGUCGACCAGUAUGCUCAGGUGUGGGCUUGAGUGAACUGCUAUCAACCUGGUGGUUAUUAUCUCUGCAAAAAUUGGUACUUUAAAAAUAAUAAACGGUAAUAUAUAUUUCUGGGUAGUUAAAAAUUCAUACUAGCCGAAGAGUGCCGUGAAGAGGUACAGGUGAAAGGUGCACACUGGGGCGUAGGAGCUCGAGUCGACCAGUAUGCUCAGGUGUGGGCUUGAGUGAACUGCUAUCAACCUGGUGGUUAUUAUCUCUGCAAAAAUUGUUAAAAAUUCAUACUUGCCGAAGAGUGCCGAAGAGACGAUGAAGCUGUACUCGGUGUCGGAUGGACCACCGUCCUUGGCAUGUCGCCAAGCACUGGCUGCUCUCAAACUGGACUACGAAUUAAUCGACGUGGAUUUUGGAAAAGGGGAACACAUGACCAAGGAAUACGAGCAGCUCAAUCCUCAGAAGGAGAUUCCGGUCCUGGUGGAUGGAGAUCUCAUAAUGGGGGAAAGCAAUGCCAUUUUGCAAUACCUCGGAGAUGCGUACGACAAAUCCGGUGAAUUUUAUCCCAAGGAUCCGAAAGCCCGUGCCGUUGUCAACCAUCGACUCUGCUUCAACCUGGCAAUGUACUAUCGGAACAUUUCCGAAUACGUGAUGGCUCCUAUAUUUUUCGAUUACGAGAGGACUCCUCUGGGCUUGAAGAAAGUGAAAAUCGGACUGGACGUAUUUAACGAGUACCUGAAGCGAGGGAAUUCCGUCUAUGCGGCUGGGAAUAAUCUAACGAUCGCCGAUUUCCCGCUAAUUACCGCCACGAUGUGUCUCGAAGCCAUCGACUUUCAACUCGAUUCUUGGCCGCACGUGGGAAAAUGGUAUGCAAAUUUCAAAUCGAAGCAUUCCGAACUUUGGGAAAUCGCCGCGGGUGGGAUGCGAGAGAUCGGCCACUUCGAGAGGAAUCCCCCUGAUCUGUCCUCUCUGGACCAUCCCAUCCAUCCGGUAAGGAAGUCGACUCGCUAAGCCUUUUCCACUUCCGUUUCGAUUGUCCUACAAUAAAAGGUGAAGA